AUACGCCUGUACAAACGCGACCUUUGACGCGUGCCCCACUCUCGCGUCUCGCUCUUCCAAGAUAUCUUCCCAUGUGCACAGCGCGGAACGAUGAGUGACAAUGCCACGUGAGAUCAUCACACUCCAGGCUGGGCAGUGCGGUAACAGCGUGGGCAGCCAAUUCUGGCAGCAACUAUGUCUCGAACACGGUAUCGAUCCCACCGGCAACCUCCACCCUUAUGCAACGGAAGGCGGUGACCGCAAGGAUGUCUUCUUCUACCAGUCCGACGACACGCGCUACAUCCCCAGGGCCAUCCUGCUGGAUCUGGAGCCACGAGUCAUCAAUGGCAUACGAACUGGAGGCUACGGCGGCAUCUACAACCCGGAGAACUUCUACGUGCUCAAGGAGGGUACUGGGGCGGGCAAUAACUGGGCCGCCGGCUAUUCCCGAGGAAGUGAGGUUGAGGAGGAAGUCAUGGAGAUGAUAGACCGAGAAGCAGACGGAAGUGACAGUCUGGAGGGCUUCAUGCUACUGCACUCGAUCGCUGGCGGUACUGGAUCAGGUCUUGGGUCGUUUCUGCUGGAGCGGCUGAACGACCGCUUUCCGAAGAAAGUCAUCCAGACUUACUCAGUCUUCCCGGACACGCAAGGUCGAGGAGAUGUUGUGGUGCAGCCGUACAACUCACUUCUCGCGCUCCGGAGACUGACGCAGAACGCGGACUCGGUUGUGGUGCUUGACAAUGGAGCACUCGCACGCAUUGCGGCAGAUACACUACACAUACAGCAACCCUCAUUUGAGCAAACCAACCAGCUCGUAAGCACGGUAAUGUCUGCAUCCACAACGACGUUGCGAUAUCCGGGCUACAUGCAUAAUGAUUUAGUCGGCAUUAUGGCAAGUCUGAUACCGACACCGCGCUGCCACUUCCUGCAGACUGCCUAUACGCCCUUCACCGGCGACAGCGUGGAAGCAGCCAAGACUGUGCGCAAGACGACCGUGCUGGAUGUGAUGAGGCGGUUACUUCAGCCGAAGAAUCAGAUGGUGUCUACUAAGCCUAGCAAGAAUAGCUGCUACAUUUCCAUUCUCAACAUCAUCAUGGGCGAAGCUGAUCCGACAGAUGUGCACAAAUCGCUACUUCGCAUCCGAGAACGCAACCUCGCAAACUUCAUCCCGUGGGGUCCAGCCAGCAUCCAAGUUGCCUUGACCCGCACGUCGCCGUAUCUGCAACCACCGUACACUGACCACAACCCGCCAAGAGUUAGCGGCUUAAUGCUUGCAAACCAUACCGGCAUCGCAACGCUUUUCAAGCGUAUCGUGUCCCAGUAUGAUGCGUUCAGGAAGCGAAACGCCUUCUUGGAGCAGUAUAAGCGAGAGGAGCCUUUCCGUGAUGGAUUGGGCGAGUUCGAUGAAGCCAGAGAGGUCGUCAUGGAUUUGAUUAACGAGUACGAGGAAGCCGAAAGCAAGGAUUACCUUUCUGGAGGGACCAGCGACGAGCCUGCGAACGGAGGCGGAGAUUCACGGGCCGAUGGCAUUACCGGUCGGUAACGAGUUCCCCAAAUGGUAUAACGAUGUCCUUCUGGCGUGAACGCGUGCAACAGACCACCUC